AGCAAUCCAGCCAUGGGCCCAUCCAUCUAGUCUAUGAAGAGCCACUUUCGGUUGUGGUUGUGUUUCAGCCUUCCUGACCUUGGCCAUGUCUCUGAGCACCUUGUACUUCUGGACACUCCAGUGACUAACUACAAUAGUGUGGUGGAGGCCGGCUCAGACUCAGAUGAUGAGGACAAGCUGCACAUCGUGGAGGAGGAAGGCAGCCUGGCGGAUGGGGCCGACUGCGACAGCACCCUGCCAGACGACGAGCACCCCAGGGAGCACUGCUGGGACGGAGUGAAGGAGGAUUGCGUGUCAGACGGUGAGGAUGACGUGAGCACAGAUGCCUUAGUGGAGGAGAUGCUUCAGCAAGGAGACACGGCCGUCAUCUACCCAGAGGCCCCAGAGGACGAGCCUCAACGUCAGGGCACCCCCGACGCCAGCAUCCAUGACGAGAAUGGAACUCCGGAUUCGUUCUCUCAGCUGCUCACCUGCCCGUACUGCGCACGUGGCUACAAGCGUUACAGCUCCCUGAAGGAGCACAUCAAGUACCGGCACGAGAAGACCGAAGAGAGUUUCAGCUGCCCCGAGUGCAGCUACAGCUUCGCAUACCGCGCUCAACUGGAGAGGCACAUGACGGUUCACAAGAGCGGACGGGAUCAGAGACACAUCACACAGUCGGGAGGCAAUCGUAAAUUUAAGUGCACUGAAUGUGGCAAAGCGUUUAAAUACAAGCACCAUCUGAAGGAGCACCUACGCAUCCACAGUGGAGAGAAACCCUAUGAGUGCUCCAACUGCAAGAAGCGGUUCUCCCACUCAGGCUCAUACAGCUCCCACAUCAGCAGUAAGAAGUGCAUCAGCGUCAUCUCAGUUAACGGCAGACCACGCUUGGGGAAUGCCAAAACCCAGACCCAGGCUCCAUCACCAGUGCUGCACACGCCCCCCUCAGUCCUCCGCACCCAGAUUAGAGAGAAGCUGGAGCACAGCAAGCCCCUGCAAGAGCAGCUGCCCCUCAACCAGAUCAAAACUGAGCCAUUGGACUACAAGUACGAGUACAAGCCGACGGUGAUAACAUCUUCAGCUGUGACCGCCAUGAACGGUGGGAUUUUCAGUGGGGGAGCUGCAGCUCCUCUGCAGGGCACAGUGCAGGCCGUGGUCCUGCCCACUGUGGGGCUGGUGUCGCCCAUCAGCAUCAACCUGUCAGACCUGCAGAAUGCUCUCAAAGUGGCAGUGGACGGUAACGUCAUUCGCCAGGUGCUGGAAAGCAGUGCCAAAGGCCAGGAGCAGGUUAGCUCGGGGUUAACCGCUGGAAUGCUCCAUCCUUCGCAACAGCAACUCAUCUCAGCCAUCAGUCUGCCUAUUGUGGGUCAGGAUGGAAAUGCAAAAAUCAUUAUAAACUACAGUUUGGACCCCAACCAGGGCCAGCUCACAGCCCAAAACCUGAAGAAAGAGUCUGAGACAACUUUACCAGCUCAGACCACCACUGACAUGAAACUCCCAGAAGAUCUUACCAUCAGAGGCACCAGGCCCAAUGAGACUAAAGAAAACGAGGAAAAGACCACUAAAACCUGUCUCCUGUGUGAUAACUGUCCCGGUGGGCUGGAAGCGCUCCAUGCCCUCAAGCACUGCAAGAAGGAUGGUGUCAGGCUGAACGGAGCAGGCCUGGAUAAGUCUGACUCUGCUGUUGCUGCCCUGCUUUCAGAAGGAGGACUCUGCAACCAGCCCAAGAACCUCUUGUCCCUGCUCAAGGCCUACUUUGCCUUAAAUGCAGAGCCCUCCAAGGAUGAGCUGGCCAAGAUCUCUGACUCAGUCAGCCUGCCAGUCCACGUGGUUAAGAAGUGGUUUGACAAAAUGCAGGAGGGUCAGAUAUCACUGGGUGCUCCAACACCUCCCUCAGAGGAAGAGGACACCUGUGAAGCUAAAACUGUGGUGUCUCUGGUCCCAGGGAAGGACACAGCCAAUAUGAGCCCUUCUGUGACCCAGGACAGCCCUACAGAGGCCACCCCAGCGGAGGUCAACGGCACCCACAGCUCGCCGGCCUCCCCCUUGCCACUAAAUCUGACAGCUGGCGGUCCCGUCCCAGCCCAGCCUCCCCAGAGCACUGAGGGACCCCUAGACCUGUCACUGCCAAAGCCUGCCAGAGAGGAAGUGGAGAGAGUGAUAGCUAAAGCCUGUGUUUACCCCUCCCCUUGCUCUGGCUCUACCAGUGUGGAAGAACCGCUAAACUUAACUUGCACAAAGAAAGAGGCAUCGCCACUCUCAGCCAUUGGCACCAGCUCCAUCGCACUGUACGCCAGCCAGCCAAGUGCAAAACCCCUCGACAUUGUGACCACGAUGCAAUGUCUAAGGGCACUAGCCACUAACAACAAACAGACUAUCCUGAUCCCCCAGCUGGCUUACACCUAUACCACUACAGCAAACAGCCCUGCAGGGACCGAGACGCAUGAAGCCAUCCAUCUCAACAGAGUGAAGGAGGAGAAGCUGGACACUUGCUCAGAGGGCGUGUCCACUGUGGAGGAGCACAACGACUCCGACUCCGGCCCUCAGAGGAAGAAGAUGAAGAAGACGGACAGCGGCAUGUAUGCCUGUGACCUGUGCGACAAGAUCUUCCAGAAGAGCAGCUCGCUGCUGAGACACAAAUAUGAACACACAGGGAAGCGACCUCACGAAUGCAGCAUCUGCAGCAAGGCCUUCAAACACAAACACCACUUGAUCGAACACAUGCGGCUCCACUCAGGAGAGAAGCCAUACCAGUGUGACAAGUGCGGCAAGCGCUUCUCCCACUCAGGCUCCUACUCUCAGCACAUGAACCACCGCUACUCCUACUGUAAGAAGGAGACACAGAGCCAAGGCAGAGACCGGGAGAGCCCUGAGGAGGACAGCGAGGCCCAGGCUGAGAUGGAGGCCCUGAGCCGGGUGCAGGGGCAGUACCUGGCUCCCUCCCAGCUGGACUCGGACGAGCGAGGGAGCAGCGCCAGAGAGGAUGAGGAGAGCGAGGAAGACGAGGAGGAAGAGGAGGAGGAGGAGGAAGGUGCAGUGGACAUGGAUGACAUCCAGGUAGUGCAGAUAGGGGACGAAGGAGGGGACGAGGAAGAGGAGGAGGAAGAGAAGAAUGAGGAGGAAAUACAGAGAGUAUUGGUCGUGGAAGAGGGAGAGGAGGAGAAGACAGAGAUGGACAUGAUAGAGGAAGAAGAGGAGGCUGACACAAGGCAGGAGGAGGUGCUCGGGAGCAUUCAGGAAGAGGAGGAAGUCACGAUGGAGGAAGAGGUGGCGAUGGAUCCAGAAGAAGGGGUGACGGAAGAGGAGAAAACAGAGGGUGAGAUCUCAGAGGAGAGUGGAGCCGAAACUAACAGGAACACGGUUUCUGAAGACUAGAAGCAGACGCUGCAGGAGAAGGUAGAUACUGACUAAAAGAGGAAUCAGACUCCUCCGUGGGACACAAUCAGAUUCCUCCUCUCCCCAUGCAGAGGAAGAUCACAGGAGAUGAUGUCUGGUCACUCUUACAGUUUCUUUCAGUUCACUACUGUGUAGAAAUCCAGGUGUGCCUGAAAAAAAUACUAGUGACUUUUCCACAGGAGAGAGAUUUCUCACUGUCAGAAAAAAUCCAUUUGUAAAGAAAAAGAUGAAGACGGACGUGAAUUUUAACAAAGAAGGAAAUGCAUUAUACAGACUUUGGAAGCUAGAGCCGAAGUUUUAGAUAAUGUUUUAUUACUAAAACACCUUGGGUCAUUUCUUUUUAUCAGUGUUACUAAUUUUAUCACUCAUAUUUUAACCUUUAAAAGCUGUACAGUUGGGAGAUAUUUCUAUACCUUUUUAUUGCCAAUGAACAAAAAAAGUCAGUAUUUUAUUAAGUUGGAAGGAAAAAUUGAAAAAUCCUGUGCACUACAAGUGGCUUGGUUUACCUUAGGAUUUGAGCAGUUGAUUUGUGUUGUCUACCCUUCAGUAUUACCGCACUAGAUAUACCAUGCCAUCACGCUAGCAGAUGUUAGCAUUACAUUUCUUUUUAAUGUUCUUGUGAUUGGAUCGUGAGCCUUAAGAAGAAAAACAAUGAAGAGCGGACGGGUCAUUUAGUUCCUUUUAGACUUUCAGAUACAUUGUUGUCAAAGUUUCUUUUACAAAUCAGUGUAUUAUAGAAAUAGUUGAACAUUUUGGGAAUAUGCUCACUUCUUUUCUUGGUUAGAGUUAGAUGAGAAGAUCGAUACCUCUUGCAUAUCUGUCCAAGUGAUGCAUGCCAGAGUUUUUCUGACUUUCAGACAGAGUUACGCAAGCUGUUUCCACCUGUUUCUAGUAUUUAUGCUAAACUAAGCUAACCAUCUCCUGGCUGUAGCUUCAUAUUUACCGGACAGACCUUAGAGAGGGAUUGAGCUUCUCAUCUAACUUUCUGCAACAAAGCAAAUAAGCGUGUUUCCCAAAACGCCAAACUAUUGCUUUAACUGUUUAAGCGAGCAGAAAGGGGAUGUAGAAAACUGUGGACCCUCCUUAUACCUACCCCCAACUCUGAGCCAUAUGCAAAAAAUAUAACUUAAACAAGAAAAACAUGCAUAUCAAAAGUGCCAUUGAAUACUGCUGUUGAAGCUUAGCAGCUGAUCAGGUAUUGCCGGGUCCCAGAUUAACCAAUAAACCGGAAUACUGUUGACUUUGGUUCGCCACCACACCUGACAGCGUAGAGUUUAGCCUACCACAUAUUCAUGUACCAUAGACUUUAGGUAAGUUGCUUUUAUUUCUAAUUGAAGAGGCUAAAAAAUAACAAUGCACAUGUUUUCUAAUGGAUGAUGAUGAAGUAUGAUUUCUAAUUGUUAACUGUGUUCUGCCUUUUUAAAGCUUCAGUGCACUUGUUUAACACACCAUGAUACGCUCAGAUGUCUCUUCAGGUAACAAAAUGUAGGCAAAUAUGAAUCCCAGGAGGUUAAUUCAACAAACUUUUUACCUGUCAGUAUUAUUUCUUUUUGUUUCUUAUGUUGUUUUAUGUCCUGUUUCAGUAUGGCAGUAUUAUCCCCACCCCCAAGGAGAUGGGUAUGUCUGUUUAGUCAUAGAGAACUUUUAUAUUUAUGUGACUUAUUUUUUAUAUUCUUUAUGGUUAUUUAUUACACUAUGUAGUGUACAAUACUGUAGUUUGUAUUAAUACGAUAAUAUAUUUUAGUAUGGAAAAAAAAUUCAAAGGCAAAUAACUACAAGCCUGGAAAAAAUUUGACUCCAGCAUACUGAAGUAUGUUUUUCGAACAAACAAAAAGAUGUUUUUCCUUGGGGAAAAAGUAAACCGCACCCUGCAAGCCUGAAAAUUGGAACCUGUGACCUCUCUGCAUUCAUUCUCAUGUUAGUUUCGUUCUCUUUCCCCUCUCUAAUAUGAAGCUACUGAACUUUUGAAAACUAAUAGUAUGUCUAAUAGCAUGAGUGUGUGCUGUUUUAUUGAAGGAUUACCCUUAACCACACAAACUGUCCUUUAUGCCAAGCCAAAAUAAUAUUGACGUAUGUUUUUCUGUUUUUAUUUGUGCCAAUUUUGUUAUUUUAUAUGUCAGUGUCAAGACCACACCUGCUUUUAUAUGCCCCUCCCCCUUUAACAUCCUCAUCUUUUUUAUAGUGAUUGUUUUUUGUUUGUUUUCUUGUUUUGUUCAUUUUUUUUAUGAGUCCCCAUCUCACAAUAAAAUACAUGAA